GUGGCAAGUAGCGAAAGUUCAAAAACAAGUGACGUUUGCGUUUGUUUUUGUGGCAUUUUUCCGUGAAAACUUGAUGCAUUUUCUCCAAAAAUUGUAGAUAUUACGACGAAAUGGAUACCAAAUUGGAGAUGUUCAGCGAUGUUCCGGGUGUGGAGGAUGUUGAGGGUGAGAUGACAAUACCUGCAAAUAAGAGACCGUCUGGGAGUACAUCAAAAGCUGGACCUCCGGACUUUGAUACACUAGAUGAGCCAAUUAGAGACACAAUAUUUCGAGACAUUCGUGCAGUUGGUGUGAAGUUCUUUCAUGUGCUAUACCCCAAAGAGAAGUCCACACUUCUUCGGGAUUGGGAUCUCUGGGGACCGCUGGUACUUUGCACAUUUAUGGCCACAAUUCUUCAUGGGUCGGCGGACAAUGAGAGCGAAGGGGGCCCUGAGUUCGCUCAGGUGUUUGUGAUUGUAUGGAUUGGAGCGAUGAUUGUAACGCUGAAUUCAAAGCUUCUAGGUGGGAAUAUUUCCUUCUUCCAGUCAGUCUGCGUACUGGGGUACUGCCUUACACCUGUCGCGGUGUCGCUUAUCGUAUGCCAAGUGAUCCUCCUCGCGUCCGUCCAAACAAAACUGCUUUUCUUUAUCAGACUCGUGACGACAAUUGGUGGCUUCAUGUGGGCCACUUAUGCAUCAUUCAUUUUUCUCGGCGACAGUCAGCCGGCCAAUCGUAAACCACUGGCGGUGUAUCCAAUAUUUCUCUUCUACUUCAUUAUAUCCUGGCUUGUGAUAUCUGAUUCUAAUAUGUAAGUGAUACAAUAGUGAUGUAAUAAUUCCA